AUGGAGCACGAGGCGAUGCUCACGGCAGAUGAGCAGCUGCACCGCUCUCACGUGGAGCGGUCUAUGCGUGAGCUCCAGCGCAUGGUUGCCGACAGCGAGGAUGCUCUAGCCGAGGUGGGUCUCCGCAGCCGAGCCGUUCCUCUGCCACGGUCGGCGGCGACGUCGCUGGCCGUCAUGAAGGCCGGCUACGACCGGGCGACGGUGUCGGAGCCGUUUCUGCCGUAUGUCGACUCGGUGCUGCCGGCGCUGCUGGCGCUGCGCAAGACGCACGAGGUGGCGGCCGAGUCGUGGGCGCACGUGACGGCACAGGAGGAGCCGCAGCUGGCGGCAGCGCGACGACAGCUGGCGGCCGAGCAGACGCGGCUGGACGACCAGAAGGCGCUGAACCGGGCGCUGGAGGGGCGGUUGGCAGCGCUGCGCAGCAGCCAAGAGGCGCGGCAGCAGAGCCCAGCAAACACAGAAACGACGGCCGAGCAGAGACGCCAGCAGAAGCUGGAGGCACUAAAGGCACAACGACACGGCUACGACACGGCGACGUCGACGCUGCUGCGAGCCCUCCGCGGCUUCAUCCACGAGCGGCUGGGACCGAUGCUGGCGGCCGAAGAGCUGGGCGGCCCCGUGGUCGGCGCCAUGGUGGACGUGCGGGCAGACGAUCUGGUGGCCGGGUUCAGCGCGCAGGGAAAGCCGCGGCGUCAGCGGCAGCCGGGGGGAGAAAAGGGUGCAAAGAGCGCGAAGAGUGCGGCAGCUGGCUCGCGCGACGCAAAACGACAGCAGCGGAUCGACGAGAUCUGGGGGCCACGAGCAAACGACAGAGACGGGGGAGAGAAGGAGGACAGCGAUGACGACGAUGCAAACGAAAAGGACAAUCGAGACGAGUCAGCCACAGCUGGCGCGGAGAUGCAGGACCUCACAGAACAGCUUCUGAACACGUUGGCCUCAGCGGCUGGCGAUGGGUCAGCAGCCUAUGUAACGCUUCCACGCGAGUCGGCAGCUGCCCGGUUUCUCGUGCGGUCAAAGGUGGCCCAGUUUCACCCGCGCGAUGCCACCCGACUGCGCCUGAUUGAUUUUGGCCGCGAGCUGGACGACUAG